UAUCUGGAGCUGAGGCCUGCAGUGACUGCUGUUAUCUGCCACACGUGAGGGGAGAGUGCUGGGCUGUGUCUAGCCAUCCUGCUUGUUCAAAGGGAAGUGGUGAGAUUUUGCUAAUUUACCUUCAGUUGGCUGGUUGACUUGUUUGGUCUUUAUCCCUUUUUGUCCUUUUCCCUUCUCCCUCCCCCUCUUCCCUUUCUGGGGAGCUGUUUGGGAUUUCUGGAGUUGUGGUGUAUAGUAUUCUCAUUGUAUAUAUCUGUCUCAUAUGUAAAAUAUAUAUAUAUUUUUGCUAUAGCUUUGGCUGCUUAAGUAGUUUUUUUUUCUCUUCCCUCUCUGGGAAGCAGGUCCUUGUUGUCGAGUUUCGGGGACUUGGUGGGAAACCAGCUUGAGACUUGCACAGUGGACAUCCUGUGGGGGCUGAGCUCACAGUGACACAAGCUUUUCCUGUCUAUAAGUAUUUCUGCCUUCUGAGUGAGAUUCACAGGCAAGAUUAUGAGUUUCUCUUGCAAUAGCUGAGCUUCAUGACCCAGUUUGAUACCCUACAGCAAUGUGCAACUUUUGGAAGCCCUCAACUCACAAAAUCAUUAAGGAGAGGUAUCUUUGUGCAUUUUAGAGAUGACCUGCACAUUCACUGGCUGGUGGAGGGUUUGUUUGUUGUUGUUUUUCUUAAGAAAGGAACCUUUUUGUUCAUUGUAAGGUUUUUAAUAAUUUAUCAGUUUAAGGACUGAUAAAUUAUAAUCAGUUAGGCAAUUAGUUGAGGACCAAAUAAUGGCUUAUGCAAAUGCUUCAAAAUCCUCAAGUGAAAUAUAAAGGAUUUGUUAACUCUUUUUUAUUCAUUUCCUUAGUAAAAUGUAAGUCUGGGAACAUCGUCCAGAACACUUACAUGACUGAAGCUCAGUAAGCUGCAGGUUUGGUUUUGGUCGCACAACCUCAUGUGCUGUUCCCAAGACAGAGAAACCUGAAAUCUAAUUAAGACAGUAUUAUUCUUUCUGAAGAGCUGAUUUGAGGGAUGAGCUGAAGGCUCUACAGAGCCUUCAUUCUGUCCCUUCUCCUGCUUCCUCUUGUCAAGGUAGGCCUUUGUCAGUUGACCAGCCCCAUCAGUGAACCUGUUAAGCAGAAGUUCAGCUAUCUUGACCAAAGCCUCACUGAUAUUUCACAUAGAAAGAGUUUGUUAGAGAAGUCCUCAAGAAAAUGAUAUUGAGCUCUAUAAAUAGAAAACAGAUGGCUCCAGUUUCAAGUAGUUAACUGCUUUUUAACUAGUACAGUAACUAAUGUUCUCAUAUACCUAGAAAAACAUUACAGUUUUAUCUUUGCAAAGAUCAAAAGAACAACUUUGAAGGACUUGCCAGGCGCAUACAGCCAUGUGUUUUAAUAGAUGACAGAUGUAAUGUAUCCUUACAGUAAUGGAACUGACUUGCUGAUUUCAAAUUUCCCCCUGUAUUCCUGCAGUGAAUAAUGCCUAAUGACUGCUCUGGUUGUGGGUUUUUUUAAUUUUAUUACUACUACUGUGGACGUAGUGUUGCCUCAAACAUAGUGCAGAUAUUAAGAGAAGUCUGCAAGUCUCUAAGAGAGAGUCUGGUAAGGAAGUAUUUCAUGAGAGGAAAGAGUAGGAAGUCUCUGGAGCUGCCCAGGUCUCCUCAAGUGUCUAUGUCAGUGUCCACCACUGUUUAGAUCAGUCUGCUUACUCAUGAGUGUCUGUUUUAAUUUCCAGAAAAAUACAGGGAGAAGACAAACCAUAGCAUGCCUGACAUAGAUUUGCACAAGCGGGCUCUGCGCUACAACGUGGUCUCUCGGACAGGUUGUAUUUAUGAUGUCUGAGAUGACUGAGCCCAUGGGAACCACAAUGCUGCCUAGCAGCAGGUGGAAAUGUGUGUGCCAGCUAGUGCACACUCCAAAAACUAGCCUCAGUUGUACAAUUUAUUCCGAAAACUGUUUUCCAGUUGUACAAUUUAUUCUCACAAACUGGAAUAAACCUUUCAAAGUCCACACUGUUUUAGAGUUACAGUUGAGUUAAGGCUUGCUCCUAUGCAAGUUGCUGACUUUGCUGAGUUUGCCUGCACAACAGCUGCUUCUGCUUUCCACAAGCACUAAACACUGGUUUACAGUCUGUAUCUCUUCACUGCCUUGCUGCUCUGCUCUGUAAGUCAAAUCCAAUGCUAAUGGAGGGGAAUGCUGCUGUGUGUGCCAUGACUCUUGGCCCCUUUUACCUUACUGAAACUUGGCUUCCCAGGAUAUGGGCUUCUAUUUUGUUUCCUGGUUUGUGUGUUACGUGAAUGGUUGUUUUUAGGAAGUCUAACCUUUUACUUAGCUUUAUUGAAAAGCAUAUUUUUGGCAGUGGAGAGGGAAAUGUAAGCACAGUAGGAAAUCUCUGGAUCCAGUAAUGAUACCCUUCCUCUGCAUUCCCCACCAAAACAGGCUAGAGCUGAGUUUCUAGGAGCCCUGUGUAUGAAGCUGAAUGACAAUGUCACCACCAAAAAUUGUGCAAAAAAUCUGUGGCAGGGAUAUUUUCCUUAAAUUUCAUCCUACCCAUUAGACCUUAAUGUAUCUCCCACAACAAAGAGAGAAGGAAAGAAUGUCAGCUUUCUUUUGGUAGGUAGAUGUAUGGUAUGGUAGACAUCAGUGACAUCAGCAACAGCAGUGACAUUCAAAAUGUGCUUUAAGAAUUAGACAACACAGUCCUACUGCAGUCACAACCAAGACAGAGACCUGGGCAAAAUUUGGGAUCCUGCUGCCCCUUCAGACAUGUGAGUGUUUAGCAUUUAGUUUUUGGGUGUUCCGUAUACAACUGACACUGAUAUCUGGACGCCCUAGGGUUUGGAGACCACAAUUCCUGUUGGACCUCUAUGUCUGCUUCUGAGUAUGCUCAGGAUGUCUCAGCGCAGCUGAUACCAGCCAUCUCUGACAGUGUCCUGUGGUUAAGCUCUUGUUCAUAUCUUCUCUGCCCACCUUUUCUACACAGCUUAAUCCAGUUCCUAAUCACCUGGCUCCUGCAGAAAGCUUGUCCAGAAGCAGCAUCUCAUUUUGGUUUCUAUCUCAGCUGUAGGAGCAUUUACAGAGGUUUAGGGAGCCCUUGGGUUAAAAAAAAAAUCCCCUCUGCUAUGAAAGUGGAGCAGUCAUGGUGUAUCUGCCUCAAAAUUCUGUAUGUGUCCUGCUUAUUGUAGGAAAAGGAGCAAUGGCGACAGCUUGUCUUGGCGAUUUCCCUCUGUCGCAGCCCUCUCGGACAGAAGGUUACAGCUCUCUGGAGCCAGGCAAAGCCAGUGUCUCUGUAUGGAGGAGCAGACUCAUUGUGCUGCCCACCGAAUGUGCAGGGCAGAUUAGAUGCAUGUGACUGUAGGGAUCCAGCUCUCAGCUCCUUUCCCACUGGUGGGGACGGGGAUCUAGGUGAUCUUGUUGCCUCUCAUCUGCCCCAUUUUCUGGCUUUCUGCUCUGGAGGAGAGGAAAUAGAACAAGGAGGGUGCAAACCCUACUGCAGACAGAUGGCCCUGAAGCCUUGGCUGUCUGAUUUCCCCUUUAAAAUGCACUAGAGGUUCAUCUAAUUGCAGAGUAAAUACACCACUAAAGGCACAGCUUUAUCUACAAAGUUGUUUUCUUGCACACCAGAAGUUAUAGGGAAAAGCAAGUGUGGGAGGGGAAGGAAAACCUCUGACUGAACUCUGGAGUGGGAAGUGCAAGCCUUUAAGGACAAAACUGGACAGAGACAGCUCUGAGGCAUGGUAGUGAGCCUCUCAUUUCCUCAUGCCUUCAGGGCAGCUGGGCUACGCCUUUUGCUCCACCUUCGAAUUCCAAAGGAUUGCGCAACCAAGUGUAGCAUGGUUGCACCAGGCCAGCAACUCCCCCAUCCCUGCCUUCCCUGCUGGAGGUGUCCUUCACUUCCCAGGGAGGUUUUACUCUUCUUUGGAUGGCAAGAAUCUGAUCUGACUAACGCUGUCCUUCAGAAGACAAAGGAAGAUCUAAUAGUCAUUGCCCAUUUCUUUAUUUAUUUUGGGUAUUUCCUGGUUUCAGUGUUGUACAAUAUUUACCAAAGACGAGCAGCCAAAGUAAACCACAGGAAUGAAAAAUUGCAAAUGAAAGAGCCAGCCGCACGGCACAGUUGAUCCCUUGCCUCCGAGUGCUUCAGUCCUUUCGGAUUAGGUGCUCAUUUGGUGUUCUCCUGCAGGUGCAAACUUCAUGGUGUUAAGUGUUGAAGGAAUAUGGCCUGAACUGAUCAAAGUUUGAAAAGGAAUACCCGAAGCCCUGCAAGUCAUAUUAAAGCACAGGCACCACCAGUGCAUGUCAAGGUUCUGCUUCCAGGACUGUGAAAGGACACCAAGCCAUUCUGCUUUCAAUUACAUGAAUGUUAUACCUCCUGCUCCAAAGACUGGAGUCACAGAUUUGACUUUUGGCUUUUCCUUGGCAUCCAUUUCCGGUGAGGAUUAAGGUAAAAGAACCCCAGGUUCAGUCUGCCUGGCACCGCUGCAGCCAAGCUGACACACUGACACAUCCUGGUUACAAGGGGACUGUCGCCUCAUCUGACCUGCCGAACAUUUCCACCUUUGCAUUUACAGGGAUGAGGUGACCAUUCAGAUGCCAGAGUGCAUGAUCAGCACAUGAGGAGAAUAAAGUACAGCACACAGUACACAAGCAAAAUGUCCAAACAAAAAAAAAACAAAUCAGGAACUACACACAGCUGGCAAGUGUGGGCCAUCUACAUGCUCUUAGCUGCAAACCUCUCUGAACAGCAAGCACUGAAGCAGGCUUGUCCUUCAUGCAGUGAUGCUCAGCUUUGCAACUGCUCUUCCAUGGGCUUGGACUUCAUCCCCCCAGGGCUCACCGCCAAAAUCACAAUGUUAAACCUGGCCCACAACAGGAUAAAGCACAUCCGAUCCCAGGACCUGCAGCAGGCUGUGAACCUGAGAGCCCUGCUGCUGCAAUCCAACAAAAUCAGCUCCAUAGAUGAAGACUCGUUUCAGUCCCUGGUGAAACUGGAGCUCUUGGACUUAUCAAAUAACAGCUUGGCUCACUUGUCCCCUGUGUGGUUUGGGUACCUUUUCUCACUCCAGCACCUCCACCUUCAAGGCAAUUUCUACAGAGACCUGGGAGAAAGCUCUCCCUUUUCUGGUCUGAGGAACCUGAGUUCUCUCCACCUGGGCAACCCAUGGUUCUCUGUGAUAAGGCAAGGGAACUUUGAGGGCAUUGAGCUUCUCAACAAGUUGUGGAUUGAUGGUGGUAAUCUCAGUCAAUAUGAGCAGGGAAGUUUGAAAUUGAUUAAGAAGAUAAAUCACAUGGUCAUAAACCUAAGAAAUAGUGAUGUAUUCUCAGAAAUUGUUAGGGACCUUCUGCACUCUGUGACUUGGUUAGAAGUGAGAGAAAUCAAAUUAGCAGUUGAAAUGAAAAGCUUGGUGCAGAACUCUACACGUCCUUUUAGGAUGCAAAAACUUACGUGUAAAGAUGCUUUCUUCACAGACCAGUCUAUUAGCCGAUUAUUGGUAUUAUUGAAGGAAAUCACCUCUUUACGAGAGUUAGAGGCAAUAGAUUGUGUGCUUGACGGGAGGGGUGUAUGGGACACUAAAGAAAUUGCAAGCAGUGGGCAAAGUUUCGUUGAAACAAUAUCAAUAAUAAAUAUAAUGAUUCAGAGUUUUCAUCUGUUUGUUGACCUAGAAGGUAUGGAGUCACAAAUAAACAAUCUGAAAAGACUCACUGUUGCAAGCUCUAAAGUUUUCAUGGUACCAUGCAAGCUUGCAAGAAAUUUUUCAUCACUUACGUAUCUAGACUUCAAUGAUAAUUUGCUUGUAAAUAAUCGUUUAGAUGAGACAAUCUGUAAAGAUGCCUGGCCUUCACUGCAAACAUUAAAUCUAAGUCAAAACUCUCUAAAAUCUCUGAAAUGGACUGCAAAAUAUGUAUCUCGUCUACCCAAACUGAAUAAUCUUGACAUUAGCCAAAAUAAUUUUGGUGAGAUUCCAGAUGCAUGUGAAUGGCCAAAAAACCUGAAAUAUUUAAACCUCUCCAGCACUCAAAUUCCUGAAGUAACGACCUGCAUUCCCCCAACGCUGGAAGUUUUGGAUGUUAGUGCUAACAAUCUGAAGGAGUUUGGACUGCAGCUCCCAUUUCUGAAAGAGCUGUACCUCACAAAAAACCAGCUGAAGACCCUGCCUGGUGCUGCACCCAUUCCAAACUUAGUGGUCAUGUCAGUCAAGAGAAACAAGCUCAACAGUUUUUCCAAGGAACAGUUUGAGUCCUUCAAGAGAAUGGAGCUGCUGGAUGCCAGUGACAACAACUUCAUCUGCUCCUGUGAAUUCCUCUCCUUCAUCCACCACCAGGCUGGGAUAUCCCAAGUGCUGGUGGGGUGGCCAGACAAGUACGUCUGUGACUCUCCGCUGGCGGUGAGAGGGGCCCAGGUUGGAGCUGUACAUCUCUCCCUGAUGGAGUGCCACAGGUCCCUCGUAGUGUCAUUGAUCUGCAUCCUGGUGUUCCUGGUCAUCCUCAUCCUUGUAGCUGUUGGCUACAAGUACCACGCGGUCUGGUACCUGAGGAUGACCUGGGCGUGGCUCCAAGCCAAGCGGAAGCCCAAGCGAGCCCCGCCAAAGGACAUCUGCUAUGACGCUUUUGUCUCCUACAGUGAGAACGACUCCAACUGGGUGGAAAACAUAAUGGUGCGGGAGCUGGAGCAGGCCUGCCCUCCCUUUCGCCUCUGCCUCCAUAAGCGGGACUUUGUGCCUGGGAAGUGGAUAGUGGACAACAUCAUUGACUCCAUUGAGAAGAGCCACAAAACGCUCUUUGUGCUGUCCGAGCACUUUGUGCAGAGCGAGUGGUGCAAAUACGAGCUGGACUUCUCACAUUUCCGCCUCUUUGAUGAGAACAACGAUGCGGUGAUUCUUGUCCUCCUGGAGCCCAUCCAGAGCAAAACGAUUCCCAAGAGGUUCUGCAAGCUGCGGAAGAUCAUGAACACAAAGACCUACCUGGAGUGGCCUCUUGAAGAAGAGCAGCAGCAGAUGUUUUGGGCAAACCUGAAAAGAGCCUUGAAGUCGUAGAAGAACUCAGCAGCUCCCAUUUCAACGUAUGUCUGCAAAAGGCUCUAUGUCAGUGUUUCUUCUUGCUAAGAAUUUUUUUUUCUUAUUUUUCUCUCAAAAUACAGCUGGCUUUGUUGUGUGUAGAAAUAAUUGUCAUGUUACUCACUGAAAAAGGACCACUUUUUGCUUUCCAGUAAUCUGAUUCUCUGGUCUUUCAAAAUCUCUGCCAAUAACUAUAAUAUUUGGAAGCUAUAUUGGACUAUAUAUACUUUUCUGAAUACAUUUAGCUGAGUGUAGGGUAUUUCUGUACUUUUUUCUGCUCUUACCACUAUUCCCAACUCAUCUCUAACAAUGCCACUGCAAUUUACAAUUUAAAUUAAAAGCCAAGGACUUCAAUCAAUA